AUGAAAUGUAAAUGUAAUCAGAGAUUCUUGUCCCGGAACCUUCGUUCGGGUCACAAAUACGGACGGACUCACUUCCGGUAAAGACUUCCGGUGGCAGCACGUCAUGUGUUUUGGACGUUUUUCACACACAUUUAUUGUAAGAAAACAUCAAGCGUGUGUUUCCUUUGAACACGGACGUAAAGAGGUGAAGCUAUGACCGCUGUCUUUCGAAAGUUGCAGGUGUCUGUCACACAAAAGGCAUUUGUGUUAAAUCAAGCACUAACAUCAUGCAGAGCAACACCAUCCAUCCAGCAUCCUGUAUGGGCUUCUGUAAACGAAAGACAAUAUAAAUCCAUGCCCACCCACGGGAUCGGGAGGUGGAGACAUCUUUUACCUAAAGAGCCGCCGAAGAAAAAGAGAGACCGACAGCAGAUGAAGGAGAUCGUCGCGGAGACAAACACGACCUACGCCACUCUGAACGUCAACGUGUCGGGCUAUGACAUGACGGUGGUGGAGCAUUUCUCCCAGUACAUCCACAACCUCUGCAACCGGCUUGGCGUCAAAGUGAUGGACUGCUAUGCUUUGCCAACCAAGUCCACCGAGGUCUGGCUGAUGCAAGAGCAGGGCACCAAGAUGCUUGUAGAUUCCAUCCUGAAGACUCACAACCGAGUCGUGCAGUUAAGGAGUCUGAACGCCACCGUGUGUCCCAUUUUCCUGGAGGUCCUUUUGAAGAAUCAGCCAGAGGGAGUGCAGCUCUCUGUGCAGGAGCACACCGAGGCCGAUUUCAAAGCUCGCUUCAAGGGCCGCCCUGAACUCGAGGGCCUCAAGGCGAAGAUCAGCCACUAGGACCCGAGACCGGUUUAACCUUCCUGUUUGUCACACGCGUGUUGGAUCUGGUUACCUGUUUAUUGUUUGUAUUUAUUCCCUGCUGUGAUCAUUUGCAUAGAAACAGAACUGUACGUGAUCAGAUUUGACUUUGAAGACAAUAAAAUCGAGAAUAUUUUUUACAA